AUGUACAUUCACGAUCAGACUCGUAAAUUACGCGCACAUCUCACCAUGAUGAAUAGAGACGAAUCACCUCGAAAUCAUCAUGAGGAAGAGGAUCCAUCCAAAACCUAUUCAGAUGCCUCAACAACAGUUCUAUUUCCUGAUUUGAGUCUUUUCGACGAAUCUGGAGAUGAAGUGGAGACUACUGAACCAUUACAGCUUUCGCAAUGGGCCAUGGCAAAAAUCGGAACGUUCCAGUCAAGACUAGAAACCACUAUUAGAGCACGGGAACAACGAUGGCAGAAGAAAACUUUCUUGACCAACAUCUCGACAGCCGAAAUUCUCAGACUUGCAAAUGAAGCAUUUGGUUUCAAUGGGUGGAGUUCACAAAUUCUAAGUUGCGCGCCCGAACUGGAAACGUUUGACCAAGAGAACUCUCUCUACUCGAUGAAGCAAAGGGCAAAAGUGCGUGUGACUCUUCAGGACGGCGUUUACAUUGAAGCUGAAGGAGUCGGUGAAGUACUAAACAUGCUGCAAAAGCACAUCUGUUUGAGUAACUGUAAGAAAAUGGCCAUCACCAAUGGGCUACGAAACGCUAUUCUCGGGUUUAAAGAAAUGCUUAUUUAUCAAGAGUGUUCGCUUAAACUGGAAAGUGUAUAA